CGGAAGUACCGGUCAAAACACGGAUGCUCCAUGCUUCCAUAGAAAAUUGAAGAAAUGUCUGUUUUUCCGAGGAUUUCUCUGAACCCUGAAGUCACUGAUUAUCUGCAGAGUGUCUUCUUAAACAAGGAGGUGUUGGCUGCAGUCGGCCAUCAGGAGGCAGAGAGUCGUUUCCAGAAGCUGCUCACGUGCCUGUCUCACCCUCCCUUGUACACUUGUGUGCGGGUCAGCACUCAUCUCGCCUCCCUGGAAGAGAUCAGACACAAGUUAGGAGACGAGCUGAGAAAGCAGCAGCUGUGUGGCUCAUCAGCAGACGAGAUCUCCGUUCAGAUUCUUCCUCACCCGCAAAUUCCAGAUGUGCUGCUUCUUCCCGUCGAUGGCCCGAGACCUGUGCAGCAGCUAAGCUCAGAGGUGGUGGUUGGAGCUCAGUGUGGCAGUGCCGUACUGAGAGGUGCUCAUGUCUUUGUCCCAGGGAUCCUCGGCAGCCCCAAGUACAUGAAGGCAGGAGAUGCGGUGUCUGUCGUCUCUGACCUGGAGGGUCGGUGCACCCGAGGAUCCUCAGACUUUCAGGGAAAGAAAGUGUUUGUGGGGAAUGGAGUCGCUCAGAUAGACCGCUCUGACAUCUUCUGCACAGAUAAACCUGCCAAAGGAAUAGGUGUUCAGAUGGUGGAGCCACUUUAUCACAGUCCUUCCUUCGACGGUGUUCUACCCGACCUGGUGUUCCUGCAGAACCUUCCCUCUGUGGUUGUGGGACACGUUCUUGGGCCUCGUCCUGGAGAACGGAUCCUGGAUAUGUGUGCUGCGCCCGGAGGGAAGACCUGCCACAUUGCUGCGCUCAUGGGGGAUCAGGGUGAGGUCUUUGCUCUGGACAAGAUCAGAAGUAAGAUCGAUAAAAUUCGUCAAAACGCCCAAAUGUUGCAGUUACGUUCCAUCAAAGUUUACUGCUUUGACAGCGCUAAAGCUGUGAGCAGUGACUCGGGACAGGACGCUCAAGGACCUCCCUUCCCUCCUGAAAGCUUUGACCGGGUUCUGCUGGACGCCCCCUGUAGUGGACUCGGACAGAGACCCAACAUGUCCUGCACCUGGAACCUGAAGGAGAUCUGCUCCUACCAGCCACUGCAGCGCAAGUUAUUCCAUGCGGCAGUGCGGUUGCUGAAGAAAGGCGGGGUUCUUGUUUACAGCACCUGCACAGUGACUCUAGCAGAGAAUGAGGAGCAGGUAGCCUGGGCCCUCAGCACCUUCCCCUGCCUCACACUUAAGCCUCAGGAGCCUCACAUCGGCGCAGAAGGCAUGCUGGGAGCCGGCCUGUUACCUGAGCAGCUGCGACUCCUCCAGAGGUUCAGUCCCGAGCUGAGCUGGGAUCAGACAGAGACUCCAGCAGCCGCCCUCCCCCGCAGAGCCGACGGGGACACUAUCGGCUUCUUUAUUGCCAAGUUCCUGAAAAACUGACCAGAGGGCAUGUUUCCUCUUACGGCACCAUGAGCUCUCACACGAGAACGCAGACGGGAACAAUAGUGUUUAUAUUACCACACUGUGUGUGCUUUGACGGGGCAGUGUUGACAAAGACGCUCACUGCGCUGUUUACAGCAUCUGCCUCUUAACAGCUGCUCUCAGAAACUGCGGGCCAUAUAGGGAUAAGCUUUAUAAACACCCAGGGCAGGAGAGAGGAGAGUGCACGGGAAAGAGAGGGAGGGAGGGAGGGGGAGAAAGGGAGGCACGUGGGGAUGGAGACUGAAUGAGUAUUGGCAAAUGCAGCAGUGCUUGCAUCGCCAUAACAACAGUGACGACACAGCUGCCAUGGUGACAGUGGAUUCACUGGAUCUCAGAGAUCAGGAAGUAGCGUGCAGAAAGAGGUCAUGAGAGGUAUUAACAAUUUGACUUGAUUUUUGACAGACUUGUCCAGCCUGUGUGAGAGACAUGAUGCUGCAUGGAGCUCAUCCAACAGGAGGAAAUUACAGUUUUUCAAAAUAAAAGUUCCUUUAAAAUAAGA